AAGAGGCGGACCGUUUCGGUGCCUGGGCUUGUUUCUGCCCGGCGCAUUUCCGCACACGGACAGUGACACAAACAUGGCGGCGAGCGGAGGAGAAAAUCAAGACGAAAAGUCCGAAAAGGCAGAAAAGUCUCGUUUCGGAGCCGGGAGUUUGUCCGAAAUUGAAGACGACGACAAGACGCAGAUUAUAAAAGGAGUCGUCUUCUUGUCGUCCGUGGCCUCGGUCGGACUCAUCGCAGGAUUCGGUUCAACUCUGGCCCUCGCCAAAAAGAAGAGUCCGACCUGGUUCAACAAGGGGAUGGUCCCGUCGGCGUCGGUCCCGGAGUCUGGGGCGGGUCUGGCUCUCCGGGCCCUCGGGUGGGGGUCUCUCUGGGCCUGGUGCGGAGUCGGACUCAUCAGUGUCACCGUCUGGAAACUGCUCGGGGUCCACACGUUGUCCGACUUCAGGCUGAAGAUGGCGUCCUUCUUCCCGUCCGUCCCGAAGUCCAGUUCCGGACCGGACCAAGUGGACUGGGACGAACUGUUCAAGUCCCACCCAAAACCUGCUAAUGCUAAUGUUGCUAAUGCUAAUGUUGCUAAUGCUGCUAAUGCUAAUGUUGCUAACGGAGAGUGAGCCGCCGCGGUGGAUUUGUCCGAGCGAAAUUUGUAAAUGUUUGUAAAUAUUUUCUUUUGAAUUAAAUUAUGAUGUGAAUUUGGA